UCAAUGCCAGUCAUGGGUCAGCGCUGGUCCAUUAGAGAAAUGGGCCGGAUCUCGCGAUUGCGGGCAGUGGGUUUUCCAGCGGAAUGCAGCCGCUCAAGACGCUGGUGGCGGCGGCAGCUAUGGCACGGCAGUGGCUGCGAUCGAGCGCAGCGCGCUGGCUUCCUCCCUCGACCGCCGCCGUGAGCCCUAGCUCCUCGCUCACAGCACACCAGGAAGAAGAAUGCGGCACGAAAGAGGUAACACCAGAGCCAGCUCCCAUGGCGCAGGAGCAAGAGCUCCGCGAUCCAUCUCCAAGUUUGAGGCCGCCAUGCAUCGCGAUUCUCCCCGAGGCUCCACAUUUUGUGGAGGAGCGCGCCAUGGAACUGGAGGAGCAUUGCGAAUCCCCGGAGAGUUCAGCGGAGAUAUCACUUCCAGGAUCAAUGGAGAGAACUACACAAGACGAUGGCAGUGAUGAUACCAUUGCCACCAUCCAGCGCACCGCCUCGCGAGUGACCAAGCUCGUGGAGCUCUCGGGCGGCCCGGGAAGCGCCAAGAUCAAGAGGAUCCUCUGGGAGAAGCGCCGCUCGAGGUCCCGGAUCAUUGCCCAGGUCCUCCAGAAUCUAGACGACGCCGGCGCCGCCAUCAAGUUCUUCCGCUGGGUGGCCUCGAGCAAAACCGGGCUGGGAUUCAAGCACACCCCACACACCGCCAACUCGCUACUCCUCACUCUCAUCAAGCUCGGCCAGGCGACCAAGGCGCACGAGAUCUUCACGGCGGGUCUCCCGGCGGGAUGCCGGCCCGACCGCACGACCGUGUCGACCGUGCUGUACGGCCUGGUCGACUCGGGGCGGCUCCAGUGCGCUUGCGAGUUUUGCGGCGAGAUCAAGCGCGUGGGGGUGCUGCCGUACGGCAAGGUUCUCAGCGUCCUGAUCCAAGCGCUGUGCGCCGCCGGGGACGUGGAUCGCGCGGUCAGGAUCGGGCGGGAGCUGACGGUGGAUCCGGCCGACUUCGCGUUUACGUACGGCAUUUUGAUCCACACGUUGUGCAAGCUCGGGGAGAUUAGCGCUGCGUGGUCGCUCUUCUACGAGCUGCAAGACAAGGGCGGCUCUCUCGACGCCCAAGUCUACGCGUCGCUCCUCCACGGCCUGUGCAACGCUGGGGACCUCCAAGCCGUGCGCGCCCUCCUCGACGACAUGGCCUCGCGCCACUUCCGCCUCGACGCUGCCAUCUACAACACCCUCAUCGCCGGCCUGUGCAAGGCGCGCAAGCCCCGCCACGCGCUCGAGCUCCUCCACGUCAUGGCCGCCAACGGCUACGAUGCCUCGGUGGUGACUUACACAACCCUCAUCGACGGCCUGUGUAAGUCGGGCGACCUGGACGCCGCCCAGGCGCUCCUCCAAAAGAUGGCGGACGCCGGCUGCGCGCCAAACGUGGUCACCUACACCGCGCUGAUCGACGGCCUGUGUAAGGCGCGCCGCCCCCACGACGCCAUCCAGACCGUCAAGCGCAUGCUACGUAGCGGCUGCGAGCCCGACCUGGUGACGUACAACUCGCUCAUCCACGGGCUCUGCAUGGCCAACCGGAUGGACGAUGCCGGGCUCGUCCUCCAGGAGCUUGUACGGAAUGGAUUCGCGCCAAACCACAUCACUUACUCGACGCUGGUCAUUUGGAACUGCCGGCGGCGGCGGCUGGACCAGGCCCGGGGCUUGAUCCGCGAGAUGAUCCUGCGCGGCUCGGUCUGUAACCUGGUGGUUUACAUCGACUGCAUAUUUGGGUUUUGCGAGGCGCGGUGCCAGUCGUCGCGGUACGAGUGCCGGGACGGCGACGAGGUGUGGGAGCUGUUUGGGGUUUUGGAGGAGAUGGUGGUGGAGGGGUGCCGGGGAGGGAGCAUUGUUUUCGAGGGGGAGAGCUUGUACGACCCCAUUAGCCGGCUGGAGAGAGUGGAGCAAAUCGCCGAGUUUAUGUUCCACAAGGGGUGUUUUGGGAGUGAUGAGAGGUAUGCCACCAUACAGGGGGCGCUCACUUGCAUAAAGAGGCUCAAAACUCCCAGCCAAGAGUGCGCGCGUUUUCACAGUAAUCUCCCAGACCCUGAAAGAGGUGAAGAAUAUACCAGAAUAUGCCCACCUGGAGUUUUGGGAAGAUAUUUCUUUCGCUUGGGUUCAGGGUUUAUGGCUAUGGCGAUGAUGGCAGCGGCGGCGGCGUCGCUACACACAGAGCCCACCGUCGCAGCGUGUGCUUCUUCUUCUUCCAGUAGCUAUGUAGCAGCUUGCUCUUCCUCGUUUUCCUCGAAUCGAUCAACGCACAAUGCCGAUGCCUUGAUCUGGGUUCUCAACUCCGACGCCACCAGGCUCCAGGAGGCAUUGGAGCAGUGCUCCCGAUCGUCGCUGAGCAGAGCCACCGUGAGCAGCGUUCUAAGAAAUGCCAGGGACUGCGAGAGAGCUCUCACCUUCUACGACUGGGCAGCCACGCGCGGGGGGUUCCAGCACGACGCCGCCACCACAGGUACGCUGGUCCGGAUGCUCGCCAAGAACAAGCGGCACGGCGAGGCGUUCUCGAGGCUUGCACAGGCGCUGGAUCGAGGGCUCCGUCCAAACGCUGGAGUUUUCGCCGCGCUGCUCAGUGCUUGCGUCGCGGCCGGGGACCGGGACAAAGUCCGGGAGCUCUUCAAGCAGAUGGAGCGGGCCAAAGUCAGUGUCGAAACGAAGAGGGUGAAUGGGAUCUUACAUGACUUGUGCAGCGGGGACAAGAUCGAGCAAGCACUGGAGCUCCUCCAGGAGAUGAUAAACUCGAGCGUCGCCAACCUCUACACAUACAACAUUGUUGUUAGCUGCCUGUGCCGGCUCAAAAGAGUGGACGAAGCCCAGGUUUUGAUGAGCGAGAUGAUCGAGAGUGGACGCAUACCUGACGUUGUCACUUACAACACCUUCAUCUCCGGGCUGUGCAAGGCCGGAAAGCUCGACAAGGGCCUCGAAAUGCUGGAAGAAAUGGACCGCGGUGGGAUUUCCCCCGACGUUGUCACCUUUUGCAGCAUCAUAAGUGGGCUCUGCAAGGCGAACAGGAUCGACGAUGCGUUUCAGGUGUUUAAAGGAAUGCUGGAAAGAGGAUGCGUACCGGACUCUCUCACGUACAGCAUCAUGCUCGACAAUCUCUCGCGAGCAAACCGCCUGGACACCGUCGAGGAGGUGCUUGAACACAUGGUGAAGUCGGGGCACUAUGCGCUGUCGGCAACUUACGCUCCUCUUAUUCACGCACUCAUCCGAGCAGGAGAUAUCGAAAGCGCUUCCUGGGCCUACGAGCAAGCCAUGGAAGCUGGUUGCGUUAUGGAGGUGUACACCCACAACGCUUUCAUCGGAGCUCUCUGCAGGUCCGGAAAGUUUCCAUUAGCCAAAAACAUCUUACUGGGAAUGAUCGAGAGCGGAAGCUUACCGAACUUACUGUCUUACAACUUUGUGAUCGAUGGUCUCUGCAAAUCUGGAAACGUCGACGACGCGUGGAAGCUGUCCCGCAAGAUGCUUGACAGCGGUUGCUGCAAGCCCGACGUCAUCUUCUUCAACACGUUGAUAAGCGGCUUCUGCAAGGCAGGGAGGCUAUCACAAGCCCAGCAGUUGCUGAAAGAGAUGAAAGCAAAAAACAUCUGCGUACCCGAUGUGGUGACUUAUAACACAAUGAUCGACGGCCAGUCCAAAUUCGGCAGCCUCAAACAAGCCAAGUUGCUACUCGAGGAGAUGCAAGCCGUGGGCUGCAAGCCAAAUGUUGUGACUUAUGCGGCGUUGAUCAACGGCUAUGCCAAGCAUGGCAUGUAUGAGGAAGCCGAGAGCCUCUUUGACGAGAUGUCUGCCAAAGGCUGCUUCCCAGAUAUCAUCACGUACAACACGGUCCUCAGUGCCUUCAGCAAAGCCGGGAUGAUGUCCAAGGCCGAUGGAGUGUACCAGCAGCUCAAGAACAAAACCAGCUACUGCUCUCCAGAUGCAAUCACGUACAGGAUCCUGAUCGAUGGAUAUUGCAGAGCCGGGGACACUGAGCAAGGCUUGACGUUGCUCCAGGAGAUGACAGCUAGAGGUUGGAGCUGCGACUCCUACACGUAUAAUGUCCUCAUUGCCAAGCUUGCGGAAACCGAGGAAGUCCCUUCCAAAGCUCUUGCAGUCUACCAGCAGAUGCUUAACCAGGACUGUGUUCCCAGUGCCUCCAUUUUCAACUCGCUGGUCAGGCUCUUUCUCAGGACAGGAGAUGUAAACUCUGCGCGUAGCAUGGUCCAGGAGAUGAACGAGAAAGGCCACCUUGUCGAUGCUAGCAACCUGGAAGCCCUGAACAAGGAGAGUAACGACGCUUCUUAGGCUCUUAAGAACUCGCACUCUUUCCUGUAAUCCAGCUCCACGACUAAGUUGCUGUCGUCAGUCUGCUGUUUCCUCA